AUGCUGUACUUCCUUUCUUCUCUAAAGGACGUUUCAGUAGCUCUUAUGGGAUGUAGCAGCGAUGAAACCUGGAGGUGGGGAGACUUCGGCUUGGGGCGUUUUCUGUCUGUUAGCCAGCAGCCCCUAUCGGAGCAGUUUCCUCCUGGCUUGGUGCAGCAACAAUCAAUUCCAACCCAAAGUGGGCAUUCUGCGACCUCUGCCUCAUUUUUUCCUUCGCAGGUACUGUUUCAUCUUUUUAUGGAACCUGCAAGUUCUGUCACGGGCAUGGUGGAAAGACUGAGGUUGGAUCUUCAGGGAGUUACCUUAGAUCCUAAUAGUGAAGAUAGUGCGGUUUGGAAGCUGGAUGAUGAGGGAUCUUUUUCAGUUAGGAGCUGCUAUGCUUUCCUCGGAUUAUCCCAUAUUCCGUUUGGACCGGAGGGUGAGUACGAUAAGGUUUUCUCUCUAGUUUGGAGGACGGCUGUCCCAUUGAAAGCAAGAGCAUUCGGUUGGCGUUGUUUCCAUGAUAAGAUCCCAACGAGAGGAGCUCUUUCCCGGAAAGGUAUAAUCUCUCUUUCUAAUUCAAUGUGUGCUUUCUGUCGUUGUACCGAAGAAGGCUCGGUUCAUUUAAUGUUGUCGUGCUAUUGUGUGGACUUGGUUUGGAGAGAUAUAGCCGAGUGGGUUGGUUUCGUUAAUUAUAAAGCGGAGGAUAUCAAGGACAGCUUUUUGCGGUGGUACAAUUUCGGGAGGAGGGUUAGAGUUAGGAAGGGAAAGGAGGGAGUGGUGUGGCUAGCGGUGGUUUGGCACAUUUGGCUAGUCAGAAACAGAAUUGUAUUUAGAGGCGAUACUUGGAACAUCUCGGAUAUUGUUUGGGGAGUCAAAGUCUUGGUUUGGCGUUGGUCUUUUGUUGGGAAUAUUAUACAACCCAAUUGUAAUUUUUACGAAUUUAGUAGGGAUCCUCUUUUCUAUAUGUCGUAA